GCAGUGCACCGUAACGCUGGCUUGUACGUACUCGCAUACAUACCCGGGAUCAACACUCGCGCACAGCGCUCUCGCUGCUCUCUGCCUCACACUCCUUACACCAUCCACACACACACACACACACACUCAUCCCGCGUUGCAUCUCCAUCUUUUGCCAUUGAUCGCAUUUUUCACUGGGCCGCUUAACCAGCUUAUUAAACCGAUUCAACUUGUCAGAUGUGGAAGGCAAACUUUCGCACAUACCGCACAAUUAUCGUGGCUGUGCCGCUGUACCGUUAAUAAUCCCCACAUCCGGCGGAUCCUGAUUAAAAUUUGUAUUAUUUAUUUAAUGUAGCCAUACAUAUGCAUACAUCCACACACAUGGCGCGGCUGUGUACACGCCGGCGUUGAUGGGGCGCAGAGAUUUGUUUGUCCACGACGCAAUCAGCAGUAAUGACAUGCCCGGCAUUGUGCAGCGCUCGCUCGGGCAUAUUUUGAUCGAUGACGGUCGUCGGUUCCCCGGGGACACGACGGCAAUGAGGAUUGACCGGCGUGCAAACAGCCACUCUGUACAUACAUAACCGCAACUUGACCCCCGCGGGCGAAUCUCCCGUUAUCUUAAAAGCCGGCCGCUUUUCCUUCCAACCAUGUCGAAAGUCAAAGGAGACGGUCCGGAUGAUCUGCUGGAGAUGCUGAAAGACGACCCCUACUCCUGUGUGCACAAUCAGCAGGGCCGGGUGUGGUGGUAUUUUCUCCUGUCCAGCGUCUUCUCUCUCAUCGCCUGUGUCCUGCUGGUGCUGGGAUGGCGGUGUUUGAGUUAUCUGGCGGAGAUCUGCUGUCGUGGGAGGAAAAAGAAACCACCGGCACUGGCGGAUCCCGUGGCGGCGGGAUACGUAAAGGCUCCCCAGGGGAAGGAGCCCACCUCCCCCGGGGACGGCAGCACCAAGGGCAGCCCGACGGGGGGCCCCACCAAGGAGGCCGCUCCGCCUCCCGCGGAGAUUGGCUGGUCGUCGGAGGCCAAGGAUUGGGCGGGGCAGCUCAUUUCCGGACAGACCAGUACCGGUCGGGUUCUGGUUUUAUUGGUGUUCUUGUUGAGCAUUGCUUCCCUCGUGAUUUACUUUAUCGACGCUACCAGGGCCAUCGACGUGGAAACUUGCCGGCAGUGGGUGGAGAGCACCACACUGCAAAUUGAUUUAGCCUGCAACAUUUUCUUCAUGGUCUACUUCUGCAUCAGGUUCAUCGCCGCCGGUGAUAAAUUCUGGUUUCUGUUGGAUCGUUUUUCGCUUGUGGAUUACGCCACAAUUCCGCCGUCGUUCCUGUCCAUUUAUCUCAAUCGCGGAUGGAUUGGACUGCGGUUUCUGCGAGCCCUGCGGCUGAUGACGGUGCCGGAUAUUCUGCAGUAUUUGAACAUCUUGAAGACGAGCAGCAGUAUCCGAUUAGCCCAGCUGGUGUCCACCUUUGUCAGUGGCUGGCUGACCUUUGCCGGAGCCAUUCACUUGCUGGAGAAUUCGGGUGAUUUCUUCUACGACCACACCAACGCUCAGCACCUGACCUACUGGCAAUGCGUGUACUUCCUGAUUGUCACGAUGUCCACUGUAGGCUACGGCGACAUCUUCUGUAAAACGGUGCUGGGCAAGAUCGUCAACGCCAUCUUCAUCCUCGUCGGCUUGGCCAUGUUUGCCAGUUAUGUGCCGGAGAUAUUCGAGCUAAUUGGCACCCGACCGAAAUACAGCGGAGAACACAAUCGCGAGCACGGCAAACGCCACAUUGUCGUCUGCGGACACAUCACCUACGAGUCGGUGUCGCAUUUCUUGAAGGAUUUCUUGCACGAAGAUCGCGAGGAUGUUGACGUGGAGGUGGUCUUCCUGCAUCGAAAACCGCCGGAUCUGGAGCUGGAGGGCUUGUUCAAACGCCAUUUCACCACCGUGGAAUUUUUGCAAGGUUCGGUGAUGAACACCAACGACCUGAACCGCGCCAAGACCGACCAGGCCGACGGCGUGCUGGUCAUCGCCAACAAGUACUGCGCCGAUCCGGACGCGGAGGACGCCGCUAAUAUUAUGCGCGUCAUCUCCAUCAAGAACUACUGCUCCGAGAUACGCGUCAUCAUCCAGCUGAUGCAGUAUCAUAAUAAGGCCUACUUGCUGAACAUUCCCAGCUGGAACUGGAAGAAGGGCGACGACGUCAUCUGUCUGGCGGAGCUGAAGUUGGGCUUUAUUGCGCAGAGCUGCCUGGCGCCGGGAUUCUCCACCUUAAUGGCCAAUUUAUUUGCCAUGCGCUCCUAUAAAUCGUCGGCGGAAUUAGCAGAGUGGCAGAACGAUUAUCUACGCGGCACCGGCAUGGAGAUGUACACGGAGAAUCUGAGCAAUUCCUUCGUCGGAAUGACCUUCCCGCAGGCGGCCGAAAUCUGCUUCAUGAAGUUGAAGUUGUUGCUGUUAGCGAUUGCCUUGAAAACCGACGACAACCAGGAGAUCAACAUCGCAAUCAAUCCCGGCGGCAAUAAUAACAUCAUCCGGCUGCAGACGCAGGGCUUCUUUGUCGCUCAAUCGGCCGAUGAAGUCAAAAGAGCCUGGGUCUACUGCAAACAAUGCCACGAUGACAUCAAGGAUGAAUCGCUGAUAAAAAAAUGCAAAUGCAAGAACUCAGGGGAAGGAUCCAGCUGUACCGAGUCAGGCGCCAGUUCCACGGAGAACCUGGCGCGUCCACCCACUGUUCUCCUUACAGAUCCCAGCCUGCGCGCCGACUCACCGGCCGCCGGUACGACCGGCAAGCACAGUGGCGAGAACGCCCAUCCGCAACCGGCGCUACUGGCCACGCUCAACAAACUCAAGGAGAAACAGAUUCUCAAGAACAAAAACCAACAGGGUCAGCUGUACGGAUACUCGCCCACAAGUCCGCAAAGCCAGACGUCGCUUUUAGGCGAGCAAGAGCAGCGCCGAGGAGAACGUGAUCGCGGCCGGCACGCCCACUUCGGACCCGCCAAGCACAUCAGCCCUAGCGGCGGCAGCUACGAGGAUGUGCAGGCCACGUACCACGAGUCCAGCCCCGGUCACCACGAUGAUUUCCACGGCGAUGAGCAUGGACCGGAUUUCCGGCAGAUUCGCUACGAUUCCACCGGAAUGUUCCACUGGUGUCCGGCGCGGCCCAUGGAGGACGUUAUAAUGGACCGGCAUCAAGCGGCGAUGAAUGUCCUGCACGGUCACUUGGUCGUGUGUUUGUUCGCCGAUCCCGAUUCGCCACUGGUGGGAUUACGGAAUUUGAUUAUGCCGCUGCGGGCUAGCAAUUUCCACUACCACGAACUGAAGCACGUGGUCAUUGUCGGGAAUGCCGAAUACAUUCGUCGAGAAUGGCGCAGCCUGCAGAAUCUUCCCAAAAUAACCAUUCUCAAUGGUUCUCCGUUGAGCCGUGCCGAUCUGCGCGCAGUCAACGUCAACCUGUGCGACAUGUGCUGCAUCCUUUCGGCCAAGAUCCCCAACAACGACGACCCCACGCUAGCCGACAAGGAGGCGAUCCUGGCGUCGUUGAACAUCAAAGCCAUGCAGUUCGAGGAGACCAUUGGCUACAACUUUCAUCUCUCUCCGGCAGCCGACAAUCCCGAAUUCGCCAACGGACGCCUGAUGACCCUGCAGCGGCGGGGAUCGGUGUACGGGUCCAAUGUGCCCAUGAUCACCGAAUUAGUUAAUGAUUCCAAUGUGCAGUUCCUGGACCAGGACGACGACGACGAUCCGGACACGGAGCUGUACAUGACGCAACCAUUCGCCUGCGGGACGGCCUUCGCCGUCAGCGUACUCGAUUCCUUGAUGAGCACAACGUAUUUUAACCCGAAUGCCUUGACGCUGAUCCGCACGAUGAUCACCGGGGGCGCCACGCCGGAACUGGAACUGAUCCUGGCGGAGGGCGCCGGCCUCAUCGGCGGCUACAGCACUGCUCAGACGCAGACCAACCGCGACCGCUGCCAGGUCAAUCAAGUGCCCAUCAGCCUCGGACACUUCGCCAAAUUCGGGAACGCCACCUACGGGGAGCUGUUCGUGGAGGCCAUCCGGCAGUACGGGAUGCUGUGCAUCGGCAUCUCCCGACUGCGCGACCUCAACGACAGCGGCACGCCGUCCUCCAAGCGCUACGUCAUCACCAACCCGCAGGACGACUUCAAGAUGUACCCCAGCGACAAGGUCUUCGUGCUGCAGCAGUUCGACCCGGGUAUGGAGUACACGCCCACCCCCGGCGAGGAGGACAAGUACCCGCUGGUGCGGCCGCUCAACGGCGAGGCGCUCAACGCCGCUAGUAGUACGGCAGCCGCCCCCGGGACGGCGGCGGCCGGGGAGAACGGCAAGCGCAACGCCACGGCCCCGCCGCCGCUGCAGCCCGGCCAGCGGGAUCCCAGCAGUCAGAUCCUGCUGUGCAGUUCCCUCACCGAUGGACCGUACUCCUACAUUGCCUGAUAUAUGCGAGCCGGUUGGAUUAUUGGGAUUUUUAAUUUACAAAAAUAAUUGAGGAUGAAAAUACUCCCGGGUGAAACUGGUCAGUGGGUGGUUAUACUGGUUGUUGAACGGUGCAAUUGAUCUGUGAUAAUUAUUUUGGUUACUUUUUCAAGCUGUAUUUGGUCGCUUUUUAUUGUGCUUAAUGAUAUACGUGAUACGGUAUUGUAUGAUUACGCUACGAAAAAAAGGUCAUGAUGUCCACAAGGGGAAAGUGUAUGAAAAAAUAGCGAAAAUUUGUGCGUUGCGCCAAACAGCACGCUAUAAUUCGUUAAUGCGCUAAUUACUGCUCGCUUUGCUACGUUGAUGUUAAACCGUUACGGAUACCGACGGAACCGACCACAGAACAGCCCUUCCACUACAU